AUGAAGACGGAUUUCAAGUUUUCGAACCUUCUAGGCACGGUUUACUGCCAAGGUAACCUGCUUUACAGCCCCGACGGAACCUGCCUGUUCUCCCCAGUCUCGAAUCGUGUCACUGUCUUCAAUCUUGUCGAGAACAAGUCUCACACUCUACCCUUUGCCCACCGCAAAAACAUUGCCCGCAUCGGUCUCACGCCACAGGGCAACCUCCUACUCUCCGUCGACGAUGAUGGGCAAGCCAUCUUGACCAACGUGCCUCGCCGAGUUCCGAUCUAUCAUUUCUCAUUCCGGUCCAAGGUGACGGCGCUCGCCUUUUCGCCCUCUGGUCGCCAUUUUGCCGUCGGUCUGGGUCGCAAGAUUGAAGUAUGGCAGGUCCCGUCGACUCCAGACGCCAAUGCCGAGGGCGAGCUCGAAUUUGCGCCCUUCGUCCGUCACCACACUCAUACUGGCCAUUUCGAUGACGUCCGACACAUUGAGUGGUCUCCUGACUCGAGAUUCUUCAUGACUGCAUCGAAAGAUUUGACGGCAAGAAUCUGGAGCUUGAACCCAGAAGAAGGAUUCACGCCUACAGUCCUGUCCGGCCAUAAGCAGGCAGUGAUUGGCGCCUGGUUCUCCAAGGACCAAGAAACAAUCUAUACAGUGAGCAAGGACGGUUCCGUAUUUGACUGGCAAUAUACACGCAACCCAAAUGCCCCGCCACCGGAAGACUCAGAUGACGAAAUGGAGGACGAGAGCGACAUGCAAUGGAGGAUCGUCCAGAAGCAUUAUUUCAUGCAGGGCAAUGCGACUGUGCGGUGCGCAUCUUACCAUGCGCCCUCGAAUUUGCUGGUCGCGGGCUUCUCAAACGGCAUUUUUGGUCUCUAUGAGAUGCCCGAGUUCAACAUGAUCCAUACACUCAGCAUCUCUCAGAAUGACAUAGAUUUUGUCACGAUCAACCAGAGUGGAGAGUGGUUGGCCUUUGGAGCUUCAAAGCUUGGCCAGCUCCUUGUAUGGGAGUGGCAGUCUGAAUCGUAUAUUUUGAAGCAGCAAGGACAUUUCGACUCGAUCAACUCGCUUGUAUACUCGCCCGACGGACAACGCAUUAUCACGACCGCCGACGAUGGAAAAAUCAAGGUUUGGGAUGUCGAGUCGGGUUUCUGCAUUGUCACUUUUACAGAACACACCAGCGGCGUGACGGCUUGCGAAUUCGCCAAGAAGGGAAAUGUGCUCUUUACUUCGAGUUUUGACGGAUCCGUAAGAGCAUGGGAUUUGAUCAGGUACAGAAACUUCAGAACGUUUACUGCGCCGACGAGACUUCAGUGGGAUUGCAUGGCUGUGGACCCUAGCGGUGAAGUUGUGGCAGCCGGAUCCCGUGACUCCUUUGAUAUUCACAUCUGGUCUGUGCAGACGGGACAAUUACUCGAUCAGAUGUCUGGACAUGAAGGUCCGAUUUCGUCUCUCGCUUUUGCACCCAACGGCGGUCUGCUGGUCAGUGGUAGUUGGGACAAGACUGCAAGGAUCUGGUCCAUCUUUGACCGAACCCAGACUAGCGAGCCAUUGCAGCUGCAGUCGGAUGUUCUCGAUAUUGCCAUUAGGCCUGACUCGGAACAACUGGCAAUAUCGACUCUGGAUGGACAGCUCACUUUCUGGUCCAUUUCAGAGGCGGAACAGGUCUCUGGUCUCGAUGGGCGACGAGAUGUUUCGGGAGGUCGAAAGGUCACAGAUCGCAGAACUGCUGCAAAUGUGACCGGCAACAAGAGCUUCGACACCAUCAGAUACAGCACGGACGGCAGCUGUCUAUUGGCUGCUGGAACGAGCAAGUAUAUUUGUCUAUACUCUGUCAACACAAUGGUACUUCUCAAAAAGUACACAGUCAGUGUCAACCUGUCCUUGUCGGGAACGCAGGAAUUCCUCAACAGCAAACUACUCACUGAGGCCGGACCCGAAGGACUUUUGGAUGACGAAGGCGAAAACUCGGAUCGAGAAGCACGAAAGGACACUUUGUUGCCCGGCUCAAAACGUGGCGAUCCAUCCGCCAGGAAAAAGAACCCAGAAGUCAAAGUCACUGGCGUUGGUUUCUCGCCGGCCGGAACGUCGUUUUGCGCAGCCUCCACAGAAGGUCUGUUGAUCUACAGCCUCGACAACAACCUUCAGUUCGAUCCGUUUGACCUGAACAUUGAAAUCACACCCGCCUCCACACUCGCUGUCCUUGAGAAUGACCAGGACUAUUUGAAAGCCCUCGUCAUGGCGUUCCGUCUCAAUGAGGCCGGCUUGAUCAAGAGGGUAUUCCAGGCCAUACCCUACACGGAAAUCCCUCUCGUCGUUGAGCAAUUCCCGUCCGUCUACGUUUCUAGACUACUGCGGUUCGUGGCCGCACAGACCGAAGAGUCUCCCCACAUGGAAUUCUGUCUAUUAUGGAUCAAGGCUCUCAUGGACAAGCACGGAAAGUGGCUUAUUGCCAACCGCAGCAAAGUAGACGUCGAGCUCCGCGUCGUUGCAAGAGCCAUCACAAAGAUGAGGGACGACAUACGGAGACUUGCGGAUGAAAAUGUCUACAUGGUGGAUUAUCUGCUGGGUCAAGCCAAGGACACGAGCGAAGAAGCGAAGGCACAGCUGUCCAUUUCUGGUGGCUCUGAUGGCACCACUAACCUUUUGAUGCCUGCCGGCGGAGAGACUCUGGCUGAUAUUCUGCAGCAAGAAGAGGGUGUCUCGGAAGACGAGUGGAUAGGACUGGAAUAA